AUGUCGGAGGAGUACCUAAUCAAGCCUGAAAAUGUCGGCCCAAGUACCGAUGCAAGUGAAUGGCCUUUGCUUUUGAAAAACUACGACAAGCUUUUGGUUAGAAGUGGUCAUUAUACACCAAUUCCAGCAGGGUCAUCUCCACACAAACGUGACUUGAAAUCGUAUGUGAGCUCCGGUGUGAUCAACUUGGACAAACCUUCGAAUCCCUCAUCUCACGAAGUCGUCGCCUGGGUUAAACGUAUUUUGAGAUGCGAAAAGACUGGUCAUUCUGGUACUCUGGACCCAAAGGUCACGGGCUGUUUGAUUGUGUGCGUUGACAGAGCGACCAGACUGGUGAAAUCUCAACAGGGUGCUGGUAAGGAGUACGUCUGUGUGGUUAGAUUGCACGAUGCGGUCAAAGACGAGAAAGAAGUCGCCAAGGGUCUUGAAAACUUGACCGGUGCUUUGUUCCAAAGACCUCCUCUGAUCUCUGCCGUUAAGCGUCAGCUUCGUGUGCGUACCAUUUACGACUCCAAUUUGAUCGAAUUCGAUGCGGGCAGAAACCUGGGUGUCUUCUGGGCUUCUUGUGAGGCCGGUACUUAUAUGCGUACCCUCUGUGUUCAUUUGGGUAUGCUCAUGGGUGUUGGUGGUCAUAUGCAGGAACUACGUCGUGUUCGUUCCGGUGCCUUGUCCGAAAACGACGAACUCAUGACUCUUCACGAUGUGCUCGAUGCCCAAUGGGUAUACGACAACACAAGAGACGAGUCGUACCUAAGAAAAGUUAUCCAACCUUUGGAAACUUUGCUUGUCGGCUACAAGAGAAUCGUCGUUAAGGACUCCGCGGUCAAUGCGGUCUGUUACGGUGCCAAGCUCAUGAUUCCUGGUCUUUUACGCUACGAAGAAGGUAUCGAACUUUACGACGAAGUUGUUCUAAUAACCACUAAAGGUGAGGCCAUCGCUGUGGCCAUUGCUCAAAUGUCCACUGUCGAUUUGGCUUCCUGUGACCAUGGUGUUGUUGCCAAGGUCAAACGUUGCAUUAUGGAAAGAGAUUUAUACCCCAGAAGGUGGGGUUUGGGUCCAAUUGCCCAAAAGAAGAAGCAAAUGAAGGCUGAUGGUAAGUUGGACAAAUACGGUAGAACCAACGAGAAUACUCCAGAGGACUGGAAGAAAUCUUAUGUCAGUCUUGACAACGCCGAAGUCGCCGUGAAUGCUGCUCCAUCUACCGAGGAAACCAAGGCUCCAUUGGUACAAGAAGUCGAAGUUACCGAAGUCGAAGAAACCGUUACGGAAGAACCUGAAAAGGAGACCGAAGAAAAGAAGGAAAAGAAGGACAAGAAGGAAAAGAAGGACAAGAAGGACAAGAAGGACAAGAAGGAGAAAAAGGAGAAAAAGAGAAAGUCUGAAGAAGAUGACUCCUCCGAAAAGAAGAAGAAGAAGUCCAAGAAAUAG